AUGCCCUCAUCACUUCCCGUCGUGCUCCUCACCGGCGCCUCGCGCGGCCUCGGUCUCGCCACCGCCACGCUGCUGCUGCGCGGCACCUCUCGCCUGCCGCGCGCACACGUCGUGGCCAUCUCGCGCAGCAAGCCCGACGAGCUGGCUGCGCUCGAGAAGGAGUACAGCGGCAGCAGCGAUGACUCGCCGGCGCUGCUCGUCGUGCAGGGGGACGUGACAGAUGCAAAGACGAACCAGAAGGCGGUUGAUGGGGCAGUGGAGAAGUGGGGACGCCUCGAUGCGCUCAUCCUCAACGCUGGCGUGGUCAAGUUCGCGCGCCUUGCCGAUGCUGACCCGGCAUCGUUUGCCGAGCAGCUCAACAUCAACCUCGUCUCGCUCGUCACGACGCUGCACGCUGCUGCGCCGCACCUGCGAGAGUCACCGAGCGGCACGGGCAAGGUGGUGCUCGUCUCGUCGGGCGCCGCCGUGGGGCAGUACGCUGGAUGGGGUCCCUACUGCGCUGGCAAGGCCGGCAUGAACGCGCUGGCACGUGUGCUCGCCGUCGAGGAGCCCAAGCUUGCCGUGUGGGCCGUGCGUCCUGGCGUGGUCGCUACCGAUAUGCAAGCGGACAUCCGUGCCAACGGCGCUGAGUCGAUGGGCGAGCAGCACUCCAAGUUCAUCAAGCUGCACGCCGACAACCAGCUGCUGGCGCCGGAGGACCCCGGCCACGUGCUGGCGGCGCUGGCCGUGCGCGGCACGCGCGACGAGCCCAAGGACAAGGAGGGCAAGGGUGCAGGCUCCAUUGGCGCCUUCUUGGACUGGAGCGAGCUGUCAGACUACCGGCGGCCCUGA